AUGACUGUCGAAGUCGCCAACAAGUUUGACCCGGCGCAGUUCUUAACUGAUUUCAAGAAGACUGCCGAUGCCAUUGGUGCCUUCUAUUCAGAGUCCUCCAUCCGGGGAACUCUAAAGACCUUCAAGGACUGCUUUCAAGACAGUGCCGUGAUCUGGCGUACCACCAACCGAGACAAUGGUCCUGUCAAUUACAGGUUCUACCUUCGGCGGCGAUUAGACACAAUUGACAUCGCCACCAAAGCCGGGUACCUUGAGCCAGACAACCAAAUGGCACGACUGAUUACUUCCUGGAGUGCCCUCUACAAUGGACAUACCGAACAAUGGUGCGAUUUUCACCCCGAAACAGGCUUGGCCAAGACCUGGGUGAAUUUGAAAGGUCGACGACAAGUCGACGACAUCCUAAACGCGCCAGAAGUUCCAGACUCCGUCCGGGCCCAUGGGCCAACAUUCUAUCGCUUAGGCUUGAAGCUGGUGAGGUUCCUCGCCGCUGAUUACGAAGGCUCUACCAUGAACCUAUACUUCACUGCGCCGGGGCCGGUUUCCGAGACCCAGGCUGCACAGUACACUGGAUUAGCUCAAUGCAAACCUCCCACCGAGCAAGAGUUUCGAAAUAUGCAUUCAUUCUUGAACCCUCAAGGCUUUGCGUUCGCCGUCACGAUGGAGUACGAGACAAGAGCUAUCAAACGAGUGGCGUUCUAUGCCUUGAACCUCCCGGAGAAUCAGUUGCCUGCUGUGAAUGACCGGGUCCUCAAGUUUUUUGCGGAGGCACCGUCAUACGACAAGCAGCAAACGAAAAAUGUCGCGUGGUCCUUUGGGUUGGGAGAUAAUAAAUACAUGAAAGCCGAGUCAAGCUAUGUGGGGGAACUUGCUACUGUCUUGAGAGAUGUCGGCUCUCCCCUAACUUCGUUGUGA